AUGGCGCAAAUUCUGCUACACGGAACUCUUCAUGCUACCAUCUAUGAAGUCGAUAAACUCAAGAACGUUGGUGGUAGUAACAUUCUUAGCAAGAUUAAACAAAACUUCGAGGAGACGGUUGGAUUUGGAAAAGGAACUACCAAACUUUAUGCAACCAUUGAUUUGGAGAAAGCACGAGUGGGAAGGACCAGGAAAUUAGAAAAGGAGCAUACUAAUCCUAAAUGGUAUGAGUCUUUUCAUAUUUAUUGUGCUCAUUUGGCAACAAAUAUCAUAUUCACUGUGAAAGAUGCCAAUCCUAUUGGUGCAACGUUAAUUGGAAGAGCAUAUGUGCCUGUUGAGGAUGUGUUGAGUGGUGAGGAAAUAGAUAGAUGGGUUGAAAUAUUGGAUGUGCAUAAAAAUCCAAUUCAUGGAAAUUCAAAGAUCCAUGUGAAGAUGCAGUUUUUCGAUGUUUCAAAAGACCUUAACUGGGCUCUAGGCAUUAGAAGUCCUAAAUUCCCUGGAGUUCCUUAUACUUUCUUUACUCAAAGACAAGGAUGUAAGGUUUCUCUAUACCAGGAUUCUCAUGUCCCGGACAAUUUUGUCCCGGAUAUACAACUUGCAGGAGGCCAGACUUACAAGCCUCAGAGAUGUUGGGAGGAUAUUUUUGAUGCAAUCACAAAAGCAAGGCACUUAAUAUACAUUACAGGGUGGUCUGUGUAUACUGAGAUUUCCUUGGUAAGGGAUUCAAGAAGGCAAAAGCCGGGAGGUGACAUAACGCUUGGUGAGCUUCUCAAGAAAAAAGCACAAGAAGGUGUUAGGGUGUUAAUGCUUGUUUGGGAUGAUAGAACAUCGGUUGGUUUGUUAAAAAAAGAUGGGUUGAUGGCUACUCAUGAUCAAGAAACUGCGGAAUUCUUCCAUGGAUCUGAAGUGCACUGUGUUUUAUGCCCUCGUAAUCCCGAUGAUGGUGGAAGCAUUGUCCAAAAUAUAUCAAUUGGUACCAUGUUUACUCAUCAUCAGAAAAUUGUGGUGGUGGACAGUGAGUUGCCAAGUCAAUCUGGAUUAGAUAAGCGAAGAAUUGUGAGUUUUGUAGGAGGUAUUGAUCUCUGUGAUGGAAGAUAUGAUACUCAGUUUCAUUCACUUUUCAGAACCUUGGAUACAGCACAUCAUGAUGAUUUUCAUCAGCCUAACUUUCCUGGUGCUACAAUUCAAAAAGGUGGUCCUAGGGAACCUUGGCAUGAUAUCCACUCAAGGCUUGAAGGUCCUAUUGCUUGGGAUGUUUUGUUUAACUUUGAGCAAAGAUGGAGGAAGCAAGGUGGAAAGGACUUGCUUGUUCCUCUGAGAGAUCUUGAAGACGUUGUUAUUACCCCAUCCCCGGUAACUUUCCCUGAUGAUCAAGAGACAUGGAAUGUUCAGUUAUUUAGAUCUAUUGAUGGUGGAGCAGCUUUCGGGUUCCCGGACACUCCUGAAGAUGCUGCUAAAGCCGGGCUUAUUAGUGGGAAGGAUAACAUAAUAGAUCGAAGUAUUCAAGAUGCUUAUAUCAAUGCUAUUCGACGCGCCAAAAAUUUCAUCUACAUUGAAAAUCAAUAUUUCCUUGGAAGCUGCUAUGCGUGGAGUGCUGAUGGGAUUAAGCCCGAAGACAUUGGUGCUUUGCAUCUGAUCCCAAAAGAGCUUUCACUUAAAAUUGUUAGUAAGAUUGAAGCUGGGGAAAAGUUCACCGUGUAUGUUGUGGUUCCCAUGUGGCCUGAAGGUGUCCCAGAAAGUGCAUCGGUUCAAGCAAUAUUAGACUGGCAGAGGAGAACACUGGAUAUGAUGUACAAAGAUAUUAUUCAAGCACUCAAUGCCAAGGGAAUUGAGGAUGAUCCUCGGAACUAUUUGACAUUCUUCUGUCUUGGAAACCGAGAGGUGAAAAAAGAAGGAGAGUAUGAGCCUACUGAAAGACCAGAACCUGAUACAGAUUAUAUCCGAGCUCAAGAGGCCAGGCGUUUCAUGAUUUAUGUCCAUGCCAAGAUGAUGAUAGUUGAUGAUGAAUACAUAAUCAUUGGAUCUGCCAACAUCAACCAAAGAUCAAUGGAUGGUGCUAGAGACUCUGAGAUAGCAAUGGGAGCUUACCAGCCCUAUCAUUUAGCUAAUAGGCAGCCUGCAAGGGGUCAGAUUCAUGGUUUCCGCAUGUCGUUGUGGUAUGAGCACCUCGGCAUGCUUCAAGAAUCCUUCCUUCACCCAGAAAGUGAAGAAUGCAUUAAGACGGUGAACCAGAUUGCUGACAAGUAUUGGGAUAUCUAUUCCAGCGAGUCCCUAGAGCAAGACCUCCCCGGUCAUCUUCUCCGCUAUCCAAUUGGGGUUUCGAACGAAGGAAAUGUGACAGAGCUGCCAGGAUUUGAAUUCUUCCCCGACACCAAGGCUCGUGUUCUUGGCGGAAAGGUUGAUUACCUGCCACCUAUACUUACUACUUAG